AUGCCUCUCUUCUACAAGUCCCACAAAGACAACGGAUACACUGUCAAGCCAGAGCCAAUUCCUUCACCAGGAAACAACUCUUUUCUCUCGGACACCUUUACUUCUGAUGCCCCACCCGACAAGCAGAUUUCUGCUGGCUUUUAUAGACAGGAGGGUGGAAAGGAGCUCGUGUAUGCAUACGAUUACGACGAGAUGAAGAUCAACCUGGAGGUGCACGGAAAGUUCACCAUCAGUGACGAGACUGGAGCUACGUACACUGUGUCUCCUCACGACACGUUCUACUUCCCAAAGGGAUGCACCAUCACCUUCAAGGUGGAGGGUACUGACGAGAUUCCUGAGUCUGAGGCAUAUGCCCUGAAUUUCUUCUGUGGUCUGAGACCUAACGGAGCUGCAUGA